AUGAUCCGCGCUCUCGUACUUUUGACAGCGGGGAACGCUCUCCAAUGUCGUCUCCUGUUAGUUGAAUACUCUAAGAUUGUAGGUGUUUGCGCUCUCUUGAGCGUAGUUCGUGGAGGACUUAUUGCGAGUCCGCACGGAGCAGUUUCAUCGCAGAGCAUAGUCCUAGGGCACCCAGCACCAGCACCAUCGUAUGCUACAUAUGCCGCACCGGCUUAUGCUUCGAAUUAUGGCAUCGGACUAGGUCACAGUGCUAUCGUUGCACAUGCAGCACCAGUGUACCACGCAGCACCCAUCGCCCACGCCGUUGCCCCUGUUGAGGUUUAUUCCCACCCCCGCUACCAGUUUAACUACGGAGUCUCUGAUGCCCACACCGGCGAUCAAAAGAGUCAGUGGGAGGCGCGCGACGGUGACGUGGUGAAGGGUCAAUACUCUCUAGUCGAGCCCGAUGGCACCGUCCGUACCGUUGACUACACCGCUGAUGAUCACAAUGGGUUCAACGCAGUCGUGAACAGGCAAGGACAUGCUGCCCAUCCCGCUACCGCUCGCGUGGUUAAAACCUUAGUAGCUGCUCCAGCCCUAGGACAUGGCCAUCUUCUCGGCUAG